CAGCUCCUCUCCUCCUCCUCCUCCCACCAUCUCUUCUACUCCUCGGUGAACUUAACUUCUCCUCACCACCUUCCCUCCCCCUCCGGGCAAAUGGGCGGCCCCUCCUGGUGCCACAAGGAGAAGCUUCGCAAGGGAUUGUGGUCACCGGAGGAGGAUGCGAAGCUGAUCGACUACAUCACCAGACACGGCCAUGGAUGCUGGAGCUCUGUUCCUAAGCUCGCAGGUUUGCAGAGGUGCGGGAAGAGUUGCAGGUUGAGGUGGAUCAAUUACUUGAGGCCCGAUCUGAAGAGGGGCACCUUCUCCCAGAAAGAGGAGGACCUGAUCAUCCAUCUCCAUGAAUCUUUAGGCAACAAGUGGUCUCAGAUCGCAGCGGGAUUGCCAGGGAGAACGGACAACGAGAUCAAGAACUACUGGAACUCAUGCGUCAAGAAGAAACUGAAGCAGAGAGGCGUUGAUCCGAGCACCCACAUCCCACUCGACGGCGGAAGCGAAGACAAACAAGACCCAUCGCCAUUGUUGCCAGCUAAAGAACUCUUCGCGGAGCCUCUCCACCACGACCCGCUCUGGUUGGCGCAUAACGCCGUCGGCAGUGAAUUCGAGUUGCAGAGCAGCAAUGGCGGCAAUCUCUUGGAUGGCGGAGUCUUGCAAUGGACGGGAUUGCCGCCGCCGGACAAAGCCGCUCAAAUCCAGUUCGACGGCGGCGAGCCAGAGGAUUUAAAAUGGUCCGAGUACAUCACUGGAUCCAUUUCCAUGUCCGCGAGUUCAUGGCAUGAGAGCCUUCUGAUUCAGAAAUAAAAAAACAGAGAUGUCUCAUUUCCAACGGUCCUUGUCUUGCAGGAAUAAAGUUUCUCUUGUUCUGCAUCGA